UGUUGUGUUUGUCCUAUUCGUGGAAAGCUCGGAUUAAAGUCGUCUAGUUUUUCAUAUCAAAAUUGCUUUUCUUUUUCCGACUACAUGAGAUUAAAAAAAAAAAAAAGUUACCAAAUUACUUACAUUUUUUACCAAAAAAAAAAAUAAUAAUAAAUAAAUUGACCAAUGAGAAACAAUAAAAUAAGUGAAACAAUAAAUGCUCGCCAAAUUGAAUAAAUUCAAAUAUAAACACGUCUUUGUCGCGGACUUUAAGCGGCAUGUCAACGAUCAAGCGUUAUGCGAAGCGCGAGCACGACAAUUUCACACUUGUGCUCAUUGCAAGACAAAAAUUUUAUUCCUCCCGAGCAAAGAAAAUUCAGACGGAUUCAUGGUCUACAAUUUCCACUUCAUCCUCAACAAGUGGUUGGUUGGAUUGCUCUCAUUGUCAUUGGUUCCGGUACAAUUGGUGUUUUAAUACCAUAUCUUCAUCCAAAAUUACAAGCGCCAGUUCUUUGUCUCAUAAUACCGGCGUUUUUCAUUCAUUUUGUCUCACAUCUCAUUGUUCUUUUACUCGAUCCAGCCGAACCGCAAGUAAGAGCUCAGCCAACAUCACAAAUUGUUCCCGAAUUCGAUCGUACGAAACAUUUACACGUCAUCGAAAACGGCAGGUGUCAUUUGUGCAAUAUAAAUGCAAGUAGCAAGAAAACAAAACACUGCUCAAUUUGCAAUAAAUGCAUCACAAGAUUCGAUCAUCAUUGCAAAUGGCUCAACAAUUGUAUUGGUGGAAGGAAUUAUAAAAUUUUCAUCGUCUAUCUAAUAUCGGCGAUAAUAUCAACAUUAACUGUUGCAAGUGUCUCGGCAACUGAGCUUUCACUCGUAUAUUUAAAAUCAAAAUCAAAUAUGACAACAGAAAAUGAUACACUACCAUUGAGCGUUCAAUUACCCGGCACUGGUUCUUUAAUUGUCAUUUCAAUCGUUGGUGUAAUAUCAGCAAUUGCAGCCGUACUUUUAAUUCAUCUUUGUUUUUUUCACGGCUACAUUGCAUGCUUAGGACUCACUACUUAUGAAUAUCUACGUAAUAAACGUGAUAAAAGUGCAAAUAUUGAUACAAGAAAAAAUUCCUCAUCGGGUAUUGUUGUACCAAAAUUUUGCAACACUAACAAUGAAACACCAGUUCGUUAUCAUUUUUGUGAAGCCGUCACAACAUCAUCAUCAUUAUCAACUGAAAAUAAUCAAUCACGAAAUGUUUACAUAUGCUCAACACACAAUGAACAAACAACAACAACAACAAAUGAAACCCUAGUGACAACACAAAAAGAAAAAAGAAAUUUUCAUUUAUAUUUCUCCUAUGAGGCAAGAAACACUGAAACGUCCAUUGAACUUAUGUCACAAACAAAUGAAAAUAAUAUUUGGAAGGAUUUACUUGGUUCGCCAAAAUUUGUAAUUGCACCAAUGGUGGAUGCCAGUGAAUUAGCUUGGAGAUUACUUUGUAGACAACAUGGUGCUCAAUUAUGUUAUACUCCUAUGUUACAUUCUUCGGUAUUUUGUCGAGAUCCAAAAUAUCGAAAAGAAGCUCUCACCACAACAGACGAGGAUCGUCCAUUAAUAGUUCAAUUUUGUGGUAAUGAUCCAGAAAUAUUACUGGAAGCUGCCCUUUUGGCAGAAGGACAUUGCGAUGCUGUGGAUUUAAAUCUCGGCUGUCCUCAAGCUAUUGCUAAACGUGGACACUAUGGUGCUUUUUUACAAGAUGACUGGGAAUUAUUGGAAAAUAUUGUGAGCAAAUUGAGCAAAAAUCUUCGUACUCCUGUCACAUGUAAAUUGCGAGUGUUUCCGGAAAUUGAGAAAACUAUUGCUUACGCUCAAAUGUUAGAGAAAGCAGGAGCAAAACUUUUAACUGUUCAUGGUCGCACGAGGGAACAAAAAGGACCAUUUACUGGUUUAGCAUCCUGGAAACAUAUUCGUGCAGUUAGGGAUAAUGUGAAAAUUCCAGUUUUUGCUAAUGGAAAUAUUCAAUGUAUUCAAGACGUUGAAAAUUGUAUCGAAGAAACGGGAGUACAAGGAAUAAUGACGGCCGAAGGGAAUCUUUACAAUCCUUUUAUUUUUCAAGGAUGUUAUCCACCCAGUUGGAUACCGGCGACAGAAUAUUUAGAUCUUAUUGAAAAAUAUCCUGCACCUUCAUCCUAUAUACGUGGCCACUUGUUUAAAAUAUUUCAACACACCCUUUGUCUUGCAGGAAAUGAAAAAGCACGUGCAUUAUUGGCUGAACAUUCAUCAAUGGAAUCGUUUCGAAAGGUCGUGGAAUUAUUGAAGGAUCGAUAUUUACCUUAUCACGAGGGUCGUUUGUCGUGGCCUGAAGAAAGAACAGAUUACGAUUUAGUUUUGCCACCGUGGUUAUGUCAACCGUACGUUCGCGAUCCACCUGAAAUACAUCAAAAUAAAGUUGAUGCAAAGAAAAUAGAAUUGGAAAAUGGAACAAAACGUGAAUUUAAGGAUGAUGAAGGAAAUGCAGUCUCACGAAAACGUUUAAAAAAAUUGAGAAGAAUCACCCGACGUCCUAAUAAUAACACACCGCCUGUUAGACGAAGCAAAUUAUUGUGCAAUGAUUGUCCCAAUCCAUUGGGAUUCAAAUGUGAAUAUCAACUCUGCCGUCAAUGUUGUAGGAAUAAAUGCUACAAAGAGAAUUUAGAUUGUCAUGGACAUAGAAAUUUAACAAAAACAAGAAGAAAAAUGGCAAUUGAAUUUGCCAAGGAACGUGAGAAUUCAUUAAAUUCAAAUUAAUUGUUUCUAUUGUACAAAAAAGAAGAGAUAUUUGUAAAUAAAUAAAAAAAAAUUUUUACAAAUUA